UCGCGCUCUCGAACUAGAGAAGACAAAUCCUGAUACAAUGUCGUGCAGUGAUCUCGACUUCUUAUAUUAGACAUGAGUGACAGACACCGACACAAGCUAUAAGCUUGCUCCAAGCUAUACUAAGGGUAACAUUCGGAUUUACUGAUGAUAUUGGAUCACGUAUCGGGACAAAAGGAAAAUAUAACGGCCAUGUAAGCAACAGGGACACAGAGGACAGAGCACAGUCAUGGGUUCAGAGGCUGUGGAGGACUGUGUACAGGGGGCGCUCUCUUCCCUCUAUCCCCCAUUUGAGAGCACUGCACCCCCUCUCCUAUCCCAGGUUUUUUCUGUCUUGGAGUCCACCUAUCAGCAUGACAGUUUAAGGUACCUGCUGGAUUUCUUCAUCCCAGCUAAACAUCUUCUCCACAGACUUCAGCAGCAUGCUUGCUCUCAGUAUUUGGGCUGUUUGUUCCUCCACUCUGGUUGGCCCCUGUGUUUGGGAGAGAAGGUGGUGGUCCAGCUAUCUACACUUGACUGGAGGCUCUUGCGAAGCAGUGACUUCUACCUGCAAGUGGUGCCAUUCUCCACGCGCUGUCCCCGCCUGGCUCUCAAGUGUUUAGCUUUGGGUGGUCGCAAUGUCCAGGAGGUCCUGGUUCCUGAAUCCCAGCACUCUCUGGUGUUUACAGCAGAGUGGCUGCAUUGCAUCAAUAAGGAACGUGGUUGCAAGAGAGAAGGUGGAGGUGGUUUAGACACUUGUCUGGUUAGUACUUCUGAUGGAGUAGUACGUAUUCCGUGGGAUGAGGUCGUUUACCCAAAAUUGCUACACAACCCCACUGACCUGGAGCAUCCUUCCACACAUCCACCUGCCCUGGACUACCUAUCUCCAAACACUGGGAGUCUGGGAUGGUGUACUUCUUCUGGAGAUCCUGACACCUGGUCCUGGGAUGAAGAGGAUGAUCUUCCUCCAGAUGGAGAUGAGGCUGAUAUUGACUCUACUCUGCGGCACCUCAGACAGGCCAGUGAUGGAUGUGGAGAUUAUGUAGACCUACUUGAACCUCGAGGAGGUCCAGAUGGUGGCACCGAUUUUAAGCAGCGCUACUUGGAGAUGCAUGGGAUCUGCAAGAACAAAACUUUGCCGCUGUGCAGGCGAAGCAAGGCAAUUCGAAUUCGUCGGGGGAAGGCCUGGGGCUACGCGAAGACCGAGAUCAGUGGAAGGACAGGAAGCUUACGUAGGAGAGACAGCAACAGCAGCAGAAAGAAUAGUGGAAGUGCUCGCACAGAUUUGGCCAACUCUAGACCCCCACCCCGUGUCAUUGAUUUGGCCAGAGAGAGAGAGGCAUCUGCUCAGUGCGUUCAGGCCUCAUAUGAAUGUGGCGGAGAUGCAGGAGUCUUGGAUACUAGGGACCUUUAUUUAGAGGGUCCAACCAAGGAGAGAAGGCCUGGCGUCGGUGAGGAAAGGAAGGGAGCUGGAAGUACACUACCCUGGGAAGAACGUCAUAGAGGAAGAGCCAGCAGUAGUGAACUAAGCUCUAGAAGUAAAUAUAUCAGUGAAACAGAGACUCAUACUGCAGGAAAUAUAGCGGCGGACCAAUCAGAUCAGGAUCAAGGAUUUCACUCAGAUUGUGUUUUUGAAGAUGAUAAGUCACUGGCUGAAGGUGACACAUUGACUAAGGCUGCGGCAGGUUUAAAUAGUGUGUCUGAUUUUAGCAGGCAUCUGGCUAACAGAUCAAAAGGAAAGCUUAACACGCAACCAGAUUCAUCUCAAAACAAAGAGUUAAAUACUCCCCAGAAUGACCAAAACACAACAAACUCAGGAAAGUCCAAAGGACAAAAAGGAAAAUUGAACGAACAUAGAAAACCAGAAAAAAAUCUCUCUCAGACAGGUACCGACAACAUCUCUGGUGAAAGGCAAGUUGGAAAAUUGGAUGAACGUGUGUGCCCCAGGGGAAAGGAUGUCAAAGUGGGAGGAUUUCGAGCACCCAGGAGAAGGAGGAAAGCUAAGGGGAAAGGGAAGGGCAAAGCUGGUGGCCGUGGCAACCCUAAAAACAAGGAAGAACCCAGUUCCUCAAAGAGUCAGAAGAAAGCAAGCCACUUAGAGGAAACAUCUGAUUCCUCAGCUAAAUUUCCUCUCUCCAAAGAUAGCCAUUCAAAUGAGGGUAAAAAUACACUAAAGGACAUAGCGAAUGGUCAUGAAGCUGAUUCUAAACCUGCUGAUGGGACUGGAGAAAAACAACCAGAAGGCCAACCAGACAUCUUACCAGACGCCAAGGUUCAAUCAGACAUAGAUCAUUCCCCAGAAGAGACAGUACCAUCACCACCUUCUGACCAAUCACAAGCACCAUCUCCAAAAGCCCCUCUUCUACUUAGAGAGUUGAAUGAAGACCUGCUCCAGUCUGGAAAGUUCAUGUUGACAGGUACUGUGGAUAGACUGGGCCAUGGGUUGGUCAUUACAGAAGCACACGUUCCUGAGGAAGGUUAUAAUCACAAUGACAUUGUGCAGCUGUUAUCCUGUUAUUACACCAUUACAAGACCUGCAGCUAGAGAAAAGGGCUUAACAGUGCUGUUGGACAGUAGACAGGCUUCUCCUUCUGAGCUUUGCUUCUCUGCCUUGAGGUCAUUCAAGGCUCUGGUACCAGCAGGCCUUGGCUGUGUUCUCAUUCUUACAGGCGAAGAGCAAGAAUCAGGCCCAUAUAACCUGAAUGGCAUAGAGGUAUACACAGUAAAAGGAACAGGAGUCCUUCAACAGUAUGUAGAUAAACAGCAGCUGACUAAAGAAUUGGAUGGAGACUUUGAACACUCACAUAAUGACUGGUUAUCCUUCAGACUGAGCCUGGAACAGCUGACUGAACGCUGUGAGAAUGUCCUCUCUCUUUUGGAGGAUGCACUAAAAUCUAUGGGCACAGAACCUCUGCCUGACUGUAUUAAGUCUGUACCACUAAGUGUUGAAAAACACAAGCAGCUGAUGACUGGUGUUCUAUCUGACCAACGGUUGACAGAGCUACAAAGACGGGGUGGGGCUUGGCUGGCUGGACUGGCUAAUGGAACGUCCAGAUUGGCACACAGGUCACCAGACUGCAGAGCUGCCUUAGCCGAAACCUCCAGACUCUAUGACAGCAUUGAUGAUUCACUGCACCGAUUGGUGCGUGUUUCUAACCAAAGAAGUCAUGAAUUGGAAGCACUUAGUAGACUGGCAACUCUAGUGGACAAACUGGAUAAGUGCGAGAAAGAUAUAGAUCAUGUGCAGGAGCAACUGGAGGAAUACAGGGAUCCUCCUCUGUCACUAAGCCGGCUCUCACUCAAACAGCAGAAGUUUAAAAGUUUCAGGGCAUCGGCCAUGGAACUUCACAGUCAGACACUAGUGGUGCUAGGCGAGGUCGAGAAUUGGUCUGAGUUGGUAUGGGAAGGUCUGACAGCAGUCCUAAAGCGACUUCCAUUGAUCAGAGAGAAAGUGAGAGGAAUGUCUCACUGCAUUUCUGACUGCUGGACCCAACUGGACAACACCCAGAGACUACUCUCAACUCUUACUGAGGCCUCCCAGUGGUGCGAUGUGGUCUCUUCCUCCUCUCCGCAAUCCCAACCAUCCUCUCCUCUGUCCUCUCUCCCACCCAUCCCUCCGUCCCGUUUUCAAGAUGCACGAGCUCUGGCCCUUGAGCUUGGUGGCGGCGCUUUGUUGGACCUGUGGGCCCAGACCCUGGAGCGUUACCAACGCACACUAGCAAACUUCAAGACCCGCAUGCUUCAGGCUGAACGUGGCAUGCCCACCGUCCAGGGUCCGGAUCCCAGUGUGGCCAUGGCACAAACAUCACCAAAAACACCUGCCGCCAGUACUUCUAGUUUGUGGGAGUUAGAGGGCGAAGGAGAGGGAGAAUGGUGUGGAGGAGGAGGGGAAGGAGGGCUUCAGUCUUGGGGUUCACUGGCCUCACUGUUCCGUCCACAGAACUGCUCUACACUGAAAAUAGGGGAAGAGAAGAAGAAGGAGGGAGCUUCAGGGACUGCAGGGGGAGGGAAGUUCCUGCAAAACUUGCUAAACCCAAGCAAGAAAAGUCCCACUGAAGCUCCCCUUCCUCCAAAACCGCCCCGAAGACGUCAUCCAAGCUUUGACCUCCAAGCCUUGCUUGCACCCCGUCGUUCAGCUGCAGCCACACCAAAGGCAGCAGAGGCUCCACUUAGCGUGAGCAGUCGCUCUUCUCCUCUGUCCUGGCUGGGAAGGAAAGCCAUUGCUGAGCCUAUUCUCACGGCAGGGAUUGCAACAGCUGUACCAGGAUGGAAGGAAGAGAAAGUUGGAGGAGGUGUAGCAGGAGGGGGUGUCCUGAUCCGGGGUGUGGAGGUCAGCAGUAAGGAAGUGGCAGAUCAUACAGGGUUCUCCAGGCAGCAUGUGCUACUUGGCCGAACGGAUCGAGAGACAGCAGGGGAGAGGCCUGGCACUACUGCACAGAGCAAGUUGUAUCUGCAGUGGUGCAGGUUGGUCAAUUCGGAAAGGCAGUAUGUAGCUCUACUCAAGGCUGUUGAGGAGACUUACUUCCCUCUGCUGGAUAGUCCUGAUACACCACUCUGCUUGAGGGGAAAGGCUGACUCGAUCUUUUCCAACUGGAGCAGCCUUGCCACUUUUCAUUCACAGUUACUCCUUCCUGCAAUUGAGGGUGCUCUCUCUCAAACGUUACAGCAAACUGACUGCUUCAGCAAAUAUAGGGACCAAUUACUUCAGUACUCCCACUACAUCCGUAUGAAGCCAGAGCCGGACUCCCUGCUGGUCAGCCAAGCUGCCGAUUUCUUCAAGGCAAAGCUGUCCAGCUCUCCUCUGCUUUCGACGAUCUCCUUCCCUCAGUGCCUUGCUGCUCCAAUUCAAAGGCUACAACAUUACUGUGAGAUCCUUGAGGAACUGGGGGGAGUAAACCCUGGACCUGAUUCUGCCCUCUCCAUUAUUAGACAUGCACAACGCCAUGGGGAGGACCUGAGGAUCAGUGACCUCAUCACUGGCUGCCCGGUACCUGUGGCAGAACGUGGGGAUUUGGUGCGUCAGGGAGAGCUAUAUGUUUGUCCAGGGGGACGGAGAAAGAAGACGGGCAUCAGGACUGUAUUCCUCUACCAGCAUUACAUUAUUAUUGCCAAACACAAAAUCCCUAGCCAAGGCUGCAGUGUUUACACAUUUAAAAACAGCAUUAAGACAGGAGAGAUGGGUUUAACCCAAAGUGUUGGAGAGGAGGGUCUGAGAUUUGAGGUUUGGGUGAGACAGACAUCUCGCACCAAAACCUGUCUCACUCUCCAGGCCGCAUCUUCAGAGGACAAGGAAGCCUGGACGCAUGACAUUGCCCAGCUCUUGUGGACGCAUGCCAUCCAUAACACAGAAUUGUGUCUAAAGGAAUCUCUGUGCAUGGGAGUGUCCAGCAAGUUGCUGCUGGAUGUGUCAGGAGCUCAGACAUCUGAACUAGACUCGAGUUUCAGCCUUAAUGACAGAGUUCAGAGUAGCUGUUCAGACUCUUCCUCAGUUGGAAGUCAGAAAGAAGGAAGUUCUCCCUCCAUUUCCAGAGAACCAAAGGAAGAGUCGGCGCAAACUGGCCUCACACAAAACUCAUCACCAUCAACCUCCGUUUGAAUAUCAUCUCAACCACAAAUAGUCUCAACUCUUUAAUGGCAGUUAGAAAUUCAACUGGACAAAUGUUUAACUAACAGGGACUGGGGGAUGACGCAGCAACAUUACAGCAUGAUAUGGUAUACUGAAGUUUUGUAAGCCAUGCUACAUUUCACAGGGCCAUCUUGGCUCUGUCUUUCGCAGUAUGCAACUAAUCGCCAGGUACUGGAGCGUGUAGCAGGGGAUUGUGUUUCAGGCUUUCACGCACUGCUGCCUCCAACUGAUUUGCUGCUUGCCAAGAACAACUUCAAUAUUAUACCAUAAGUUACUGUAUUUUUUUUUUCUUUCUUACUUGCUUGAUGUCUCCCAUUUUAACCAAAGAAUGUUCAAAUUUUAACAUUUUCUGUAUAUAUAUAUAAAGGCUUAAUGUUAACCUGUUAUUUGUACACUUGAUGUUUCAUGUUGAUUUUUUUUUUUUUUGUUAUUAAUAUUUUUUUGAGACAAGAGCAAGAUUGGUACAAGCUCAAAGAUAAUGCAAAUCCUGUUUCACAGCCUGUAAAUUCUAAAAACAAUUUACACAUAGCAUUUUCCAAUUACAUUUUUCUCAAGCCAUGAACCAUAGCAACAAAGGAAAGUGUUUCACACAGAAUACUGUUGACCAAGCCCCUAUUCGCUCUAUUAAAAAAAAUCAAUCGAUUCUCAUUUUAGCCACUGAACAACUGCCCUUUUCACUGAAUAAUAUUCACUUUCCUUCUCCAGUGUGGAGUCUGUUAUGGAUGUAAGUCUUAUUUCUAGGGAACAAUAACCAAGAUGUGUUUGGAUGACGUGUAAGGUUUCAGAGUCAAUUCAUAUGCAGAUUUAAUUCCAUUAGCUAAUCAAACCACAAUUAAAAACAAAUUAAUAGCACAUAAUGACUGAUCUAGGACCAUGGUUCGCAAAGUGUGUUAUGUGAAGCAUAUCCAAAAGGUCAAUUAUUUAUUUAUUUCUUUAUUGUUUGGAUACAGUAGAGAAAAAUAACAACCAGGCAUUAUUAUUAUUAUCGCUUUACUAUUUUUAUUAGCCGGUUUGACUGGUUGCUUGAAUUAAAUGUGUUAAAUUGAAACCUCAUUAACUUAAAAGUCAGCCUAUAAAUAAUGUCAAAUUGGAUAGAUUGUGUCCUGUUAGUAAAACAUCAGGAGUGAACAAAUGUGAAUCUAAUAUAUAGUUAGAAUACUACGGUGCACAUUUAUAUAAUGACUCUAACUUUGGAAUAAAUGGAUUACAGUCAGAGGGCACCUUUAAAUUGUAGUUAAAAUUCAAGGGUGUCUGACUACAAAAUAUUUGAUUACUCCCGCUUUAGGGCUUGUCAUAGUGCAAGCAACUUAAAUGUCAUAAAUAGAUGCGAUGAGAUGGAGUUAAGUCUAAUUAAGUAAUUCGAUGAACCUAAGAAGAGAAACUUUAGUUUUUAAUUUCCCCUUAUUUUACAUAACUGUUCAGGGAAGUAGAAAAUGCUCUUAAAUGAAUUCUAAGGCGCUUGUUUUUUGUUUUUUUUUAGCCUGAAACCAAAGCCUAAAUCAGAUUUUGUCCAAAAGGUGGUGUUGUUGAGCAAGUGCAGCUUGAAAACAAUGUGUCUCCUAUGUUUUCAGACCAAAAGGCUAUUUGUAGGACAGUGAAUAGCUGCUCGUUUGUGGUGAUGCUGUGCACAUUUUUUAAUUGAUUGCACUUUUUCUCCAUUCAUUAACAGGCGAAACCUCAUUUACAUAUCGCGCUUAACAGCAUCAUGACGAAAUUGCCACGUUGAUCUUUUUCCCCCAAUACUUAAAAUAAAGAAGUGUAGUUUGCAGUUUAAAUAAACUCUCGAGAGCUGAACAGAUUUCUCCACACAGCUCUGAUUGUUAUUGUUACUAGUUCCAUAUUUAGCACCAUAUGAAUUUGCGUCGCUCCCAUAUGAAUUUACAUACCCACCAACUCUCACUCAGUUUCUCCCACUGUGUGAAAAAGAGUCGAUUUUUCCUUUGUCUGUUUAUGAGUUGCAUUAUGAUCCAGCUGGCUUUGAUUGUCAUGGCAGCUCCAACAGCAGAAUCCAAAGAUUGCUUGCAUAAGAGAAAAUGCUAUGAGUUUCUGUUUAAAUCUUUGAGUUAUGUACUUGGUGCACCCCACCCUUCUAUAUUCUAUUAUAUUCUACUCGACCUUACACAGUCUUAAUCUUGUAUAGUUACUGCAUUCCAGGACUCUUCAUAAAGAGUUUGAAUCCCACUUUGUUCGAACUGACAUUAACCAAGCACUCAUAAUCCAUUUUGGAACAGUUCCCAUAAAAAAGAAAGGUUUGAUCUAGAGAAUUAUUAAGUUGUUUUAUAUAAAAGGUGGUAUGAGUGUGUAUGCGGGCUAGAUGAGGAAUGAAGCUAAACCCACAGCCAGACUUAAUCCAAAUAUACUUUGCACAGUGAGAAAUGUGUUCAUUUCAGCACUUUUAAAGCAGGUCUCUUCAUAACUAUAAAUACCAUGGCAUGAUUCAUCAUUCUCACUGUAAAUACAAGCCUUAACCAAAGAAACAAGGUGCCUUUUGUAAGCUUCUCUGUAUAACUCUUAUUAUAUUGAUGUUUACAAAAUUUUUGGUAAUGCAAAACCUCUUAUUAGUUUUAAUGAUUUCAUAAUUGCAUGCAAUGUUGCUAUGUAUUUUGCACUUGAUCAGUAAGAGUCUGUUCUCUUUAAAUUUCUUCAAGAAUUAAAAACUGGACAUGACCCAGA